AUGGAGGGCGGCAGGAACCCGUACACGGGGCGGGCGUUGAGCUCCCGCUACCACGCGCUGCUGCGGGGCCGGGAGAAGCUGCCGGUGUUCGCGGCGAAGGAGAAGAUUCAGCGGCUGGUGGCGCGCUACCAGACGCUCCUGUUGGUGGGCGAAACCGGGAGCGGCAAGACGACGCAGGUGCCGCAGUUUCUCCUGGAGAUGAACCCCGAGCACGCAAUCGCGUGCACGCAGCCGCGUCGUGUGGCGGCCACCAGCGUCAGCGAGCGCGUGGCGGAGGAGCUCGACGUCGUGCUUGGGGAGGAGGUCGGCUACUCCAUCCGCUUCGACGACGUGAGCAGCGAGCGGACGCGGCUGAAGUACCUGACGGACGGCAUGCUGCUGCGGGAGGCCAUGAGCGACCCGCUGCUGCACCGCUACAGCGUCAUCGUCCUCGACGAGGCCCACGAGCGCACGGUCCACACGGACGUGUUGAUCGGCGUCGUGAAGGAGCUGCUGCCGCGCCGGCCCGACCUGCGCGUGGUGGUGAUGUCCGCCACGCUGGAGGAGCGCCGCUUUCAGGUGUACUUCCCGGAGGCCCCGCUGGUGCACAUCGCCGGCCGGAUGUUUGGCGUCGAGGUGUACUUCUCGCGGGCGCCGGAGUCGAACUACGUGGAGGCGGCGAUACGCACGGCGACGCAGAUCCACCUCUACGAGGGCGAGGGCGACAUCCUCGUCUUCCUCACCGGCGAGGACGAGAUUGAGCAGGCGGUGGAGCGGCUGCAGAAGGGGAUUCGCAUGGCGGAGCACAGCAGCGCGGACUGCCACAAAGGCCCCGUCUCGGUGCUCCCGCUCUACUCCGCCCUCCCGCCGCAGCAGCAGCGGAGGGUCUUCCAGAAGCCUCCCGCCGGCACCCGGAAGAUCGUCGUGGCGACGAACGUGGCGGAGACCUCGCUCACCAUCGACGGGGUCGUGUUCGUCGUCGACAGCGGCUUCUCCAAGCAGAAGGUGUACAACCCAAAGCUGCGCGUCGAGUCGCUUCUGGUGACGCCCAUCAGUCAGGCGAGCGCCCGGCAGCGCUGCGGUCGGGCCGGCCGCACCAAACCCGGCAAGUGUUUCCGCCUCUACACCUGCAAGGCGUUUGAGACGCUCCUGCAGCCGCAGACGUACCCGGAAAUCCUGCGCUGCAACUUGGGCUCUGUGGUGCUGCACAUGAAGAUGAUGGGCGUGGAGGAUUUGGUGAACUUUGACUUUGUGGAGCCGCCAGCCCCCGAGACGUUGAUGCGGGCCCUGGAGCUGCUCAACUACUUAGGCGCCAUUGACGACGACGGCGACAUGACCGACUUUGGCCGCCGCAUGGCGGAGUUUCCGCUGGAGCCGGAGAUGGCCGCGAUGCUGCUGCACAGCCCCGAGUACGGCUGCUCAGACGACGUGGCCCGCAUCUGCGCGAUGCUGUCGGUGCAGAGCCCGUUUGUUACCCCCGCCAACGACCAACGCGGGCGCGCGGUCCGGUGCCGCGAGCAGUUUUACCACCCAACCGGCGACCACGUCGCCCUGCUGAACGUCUUCAAUGCGUUUCACGACGCCAAUAGGCAGAGCGUGGCGUGGGCGUCCGAGAACUACCUCAACCCGCGCGUGAUGAAGCAGGCCGUCAGCAUCUACCGCCAGCUGCUUCGCAUCAUGCACCGCGUGGGCUGCGGCGUCUGCAGCACCUACUCCGCCGCCCAGCUGCGCGCCCACGGGGACGCGGAGGGGGCCAAGGACGAGUUUGCGAAUGAGAUUCGCCGUGCCAUUCUGCGCGGGUACUUCACCAAGGUCGCCCUCUCCCUGCCCACGAAGAACCAGUUCAUGACGCUGAAGGACGACGUCAAGUGCCUGCUCUUCCCCACCACGUUCCUCAACCGCCGCCCAAAGCUCGUCGUCUUCAACGAGCUUGUGCUCACCAGCAACACGUACAUCCGCACCGUCACGGCGGUGGCCGACGAGUGGCUGCUGGAGGCGAGCCCGACGUACUUUGCGCGGGAGGAGUUCGCGGGGGUGAGCAGGCAGGUGUUUGACGAGCUGCACCGGCGCCAUCACCGCCGCCGUCACGCGGCCACGGUUGGGAGCCCCGACGCGGGCGGCAGGAAGCGUCGCCGCGCGGCCGACAGCGACGACAGUGACCCCGAGUCGUGUUAG